AUGAAGCACUUUGCCGUUGUCCUCUCCGCCUCCGCUUUGGUCACUGCUGGCGUUGUUCGCCGAGACUAUGGAUACCAAUUCUCCAGUGCGCUAGCGAUCGGCCCUGUCGCCGACAAUAACUUCAUUCGUGAAGCGGUCACGACGCUCGAGCUGCCUGAAUUAAACUCACCGCAGACUGGCAACCUUGCCCUAUGGCCAGGUAUGGGCACAUCGGGAGGGCACCUGGUGCAGGGUCUUGCCAUCUCCGUUUUAGACGGUAGCGCAGGUUGUCCAAAGGUCAAGGGAAAGUGGUGUAUCGUUGCCAGUACUCUUGAGAGUGACCAGCAGAUGGGGAAAGCGGUGUCUGCUGAUCCAGGCUCCUCUGUGACCUUCUCCUACAAGUACAAUGAUGGAACUUUCAAGUAUGAUCAGGAUAUCUUGGUCGAUGGUAAAGUCGUUUCCAGCCUCUCGACGGACAGCGGGAAAGCACAAGGUUGGGGUACGGCCGUCGAGUGCCAGAAAGCGGCCUGCGGAAAAGCCCCAGCACACAAGUACGUUGACACCAAGCUUGUGCUAGACAAAGCAGAUCCGGGGUUCGGAGACACGAAGGGUACCACCGGCGCGACCGGCGAGCUCGUGACGGCUGAUGGGGGCAAGACUUGGACCAUUGACACCAUCUCGAUCGAGUCACACACGUAUACUUGA